AUGAUGGACUACUGGAAUCAGUCGGAAGAUGCCCUGGAAACCGAGUUCAGCGACUCCCAGGCGAUUGUUUUGAUCGACAAAGAAGCCUUAGUGAAGCUGGAUGAGGAAAAGAAGACUCUGAGUAUUGUAAAAUUCGAAACGAAAGGUAUUUUGUGAGUACGCGUUGCAUUUGUUAUUGCAGUACGUGUUGCGAUAUUACGCAAGAUUUCAUUGACAAAUUGCAGAGCUCAAGGAGAUCCUGAACCAAUACGGGUUGGAGAUUGGGAUUUUAAACUCGGCAUUAUUGGAUUGCUCGGUUCCAGAUGAAGUCCAAAGAGAUUUUGUAGGUUCUGAUCUCUAUGUUUCGGGAUAAAAUGUGUUUUUCUUCUUCAGCGACCACUGUUUGGAUGUGCCGUUCGAACGAUGAAACCUCCGGCAGAAAGCGGGAUAAAGGCCGAAGUAUUGAAGAAUGACCUUGCUAAAAGUCUUGGUGGACAGUUUAUGAACCUCAGGAUGGCUAUGCUAACUCUGGAAGAUGAAUUGGAUAGGCAUAAUUUGGCUAAAGUAAAUAAAUGAAAGGCAAAUAAUGCAUGCGAUGAUUUAGUUCCAAGCGAUGACCCGGUGGUAUCACACCUACCGUCGAUGUCCAACAUGCUCGACUCCCCUUCAAUUACGACCGUCAAAGAGUGCGGCCAGAUGUAUAAGAUGUGAUCGCUUCUUCUAUCCCACCAUAUCCCCUGUGGCAAUAACCUUAGUUGAGGAUUAUGAUCAAGAGAGAGUGCUGUUGGUCAGACAUAAGGGUUCGGUUUCUUCGGUUUUCACUUUGGUCGCUGGAUUCUCCAUGGUAUGUUGUUCUACGUUUUUCAAGUUUGGAAGUCUAAAAUUGGAAGUAGACCGUUUGUCUAAUUGAGCUAAAACUCCGUUCCCCUUACUUUUUUUACAUGUGUUUAUUUCCGAAUAACCUUUAUUAACGUUAAGGACGGUUUAAUUAGUCUUUACAAUUUUUAGCAAACAUUGAAACAAAAAAACGAAUUGCAUUUUUGAUAAACAAAACAAAUAAAAAUGCGAUAGGGAUGCAAAAACAACACAUUAUGUAUCAUGGUAUUUUCACCGCUAAGCAUUAUUUAUCAGACUACAAGCCGGUUUCUGUCUACUUUGUAUCCGCGGCCCUUUUUUCUUGCCAAGCAACGCUUUUUGAGGGGACCAAAAAGUAAAGACACAAACUCCACGCAUCCCGCACAUAUAAAAACGGGCUGUUUAGUUGUUUAUUUUACUUGCAGGCGGGCGAAAGUAUUCAAGAGACGGCGAAAAGGGAGAUCGCCGAGGAAGUGGGGAUCGAAGCGACGGACAUCCGAGUUGUGAACGACUCCCAGCCAUGGCCUAUGCCUUUCAAUUCGUUGAUGUGUGGCCUCCGGGCCAAGGCGGAUGCCAGUCAUGAGGUAGGGACUUUGAUGACAAUUACAUUCGUAUUGGAUUUUUAAUGUUUUACGAAGGAUGGAGUGGAUUUGUUGUAUCAUAAAUAUAAAGUCAUUUUUGUGUUUUCAGUUGGAAAUCUGCCCAGACGAAUUGGAAGCCGCUGGUUGGUUCGGUCGGGAUCAAGUUCUCGAAGCACUGGACCGUGUAGAAAAGGACCCAUUCCUCAAAAUCCCCCUUUCGAAAAGAUUAGAAAACCCGGAUACCUUUACAUACCUCCCUCCUCGUGGUGCCAUUGCCCAUCGAAUCAUAAAAGGAUGGGCCCAUAAGAAAUAA